ACUCUCAAUCACAGCCCUCUCUUUCUCCACCUUCCAUCUCAGCAGCGGUUGACAUUCGAUUCAUUCCUUUAUCCGUUGUGUCGCCGGACUUCUCACUGCCUCAUCGGCUUCCCUUCUCUCCAUCCAAAGUCUUGCACGCGGCCAAGUCUUACUUUACUUCGUCUAUCGUUCUCUGCCGGUGAAACUCAGUCACGCUGGGUUGUAGGCUGCUGACUCAGGACACUUGAUCUCGCGGAAAUGGCAGAAGACGGCUCCGCAGUCGCUGCAGCAAACGAUGCAGACGAAGAUGAUGACUAUGAUCCCUCGGCCUUCAGCUUCGACGAACGCGCCGGCAAUGCGACAACCACCCAAUCUUCUCCAAAACCAAAGACCAUCGGCGGCUUCAUUGUUGACGACGAUGAAGACGAUGACGAGGAAGAGAAUGACGAGGUCACACAACGGCCGCCUUCACAGCUGAACAGCACGACGGGCGAGCAAGCAGGGCUGGGCGCUGCGACUGAUGCAGAAGCUGCGGUGCAGGAUGUACCCAUAGCUAGUGAACCUCAAGACUCAGCUGCUGUUCCAUCCGCACACUCUGCUCGUCCAAACGGUCAUACCCCUGUCCCUGUUUCCACUUCCGCCGCACCUGCCCCUCCAGUCUCUGACCCAGCUUCCACUCUUUCACUUCCGAAACCUCUCACCCCAGUUUCCGAUCAGGGUAAGCAAGCACCCACUCCGACACCAGCCGCUCCGAGUGCGACUGCAACACCACAGCCUCCAAAUCCAUCUCCUGCGGUGCCUGCGCCGGCCAAGACCAAUAUCCAAAUCCCACAGCCAUCCACCAACCAGCGACUACCACAUGACAAAGUCGGCCAGCUCGAGGAUCGCAUCAAGGAGGACCCGAAAGGCGACACCGAAGCCUGGCGCAGUCUCAUUGCACACUAUCGAGAGAAGGGGCAACUGGACAAUGCGCGCAAAAUCUACUCCCGGUUCUUUGAAGUCUUUCCUUCGGCGGCUUCAAUGUGGGUAGAGUACGCGCAAUUGGAGCUGGAAUACGACCAAUUUCGCAACCUCGAACAAAUCUUCAGCCUGUCGCUUCUCCAACUCCCCAAUGUCGACAUGUGGACGGUCUACCUCGACUACCUACGUCGCAUCCAUCCUCUGCAGCAAGACACCGACGGGAGCAAGCGGAACAUCAUCACUUCAGCCUUUGACCUUUUGCUCGAAAACGUCGGCAUCGAUCCGGACUCUGGAAAGCUGUGGCGCGAAUAUGUCGAAUUUGUGAAGUCCGGCCCCGGCACAAUUGGCGGCACAGGGUGGCAAGACCUCCAGAAAGUCGACCUUCUACGAAAAGCGUACCAAAAAGCUAUUAAGCUUCCGCACUCGGAGCUAUCGAAACUAUGGAAAGAAUACGACAACUUCGAACUGAGCCUCAACAAGGCCACCGGGCGCAAAUAUUUGCAGGAGAACUCCCCGAGCUAUAUGACCGCUCGCUCAGCCAAGACGGUAUUGGACCAGAAGAUAGAUGGGUUGGACCGGAAAUCCCUUCCCACCCUGCCACCGAUCUACGGAUGUGUCGGUGACGAUGCAUUUGCUGCCCAGCUGGACCGAUGGAGAGAUUGGAUUGCGUGGGAGAAGGAGGAUCCGAUCAUGUUCAAGGAAGAUGACAUUGCCGUCUACCGAAAACGGAUUGUCUACGCAUACAAACAAGCCACGAUGCAGCUGCGAUUCUACCCGGAUCUUUGGUUCGAUGCGGCGACGUGGUGUUUCGAGGAAGGGAUCGAGGACAUGAUCACCGAGGGCGAAGCAUUCCUGCAGAAGGGCAUCGAAGCGAAUCCGGAAUCUGUGCUGUUGGCACUCAUGAAGGCGGAUCGGGUGGAGAGCAGUCUGGAAGCUGGCAGCUCGGACGAAAUUGCCAUUCGUAAUGGUGAGAAGCUAGACCCAGUCUUUGAGGGCGUCAUCAAGCCUCUCUACGCCCUGCAUAAGAAGACUGUGGAGCGGAUCCAGAAAGGCGUCGCGCAGAUUCAGGAGCGGUACGCCGCUAUGACUCCAGAAGAGGAGCCCGAAGAUGCAAACGCAGACGAUGAUGACAACAAAAGCGACGCAUCUUCGACCGUCAAACCGAAGACGCGUACGGAGAAGCUGAACGACGAGCUGGACGCAUAUCGCUCGCGGAUGGCCGAGUACACCGAUCAGCUCCGAAAUACGAUAUCCUACAUGUGGAUCGCAAAGAUGCGAGCCUUCCGUCGCAUCCAGGGCCAAGGCCAACCCGGCAAAGCGAAGAAGGGCCUCCGCGGCGUGUUCGGCGAAGCGCGACCGCAAGGCCAACUCACGAGCGCCGUGUAUAUUGCAUCGGCGCAGAUGGAGUGGGCCUGCUACCGCGACCCCUCGGCCGCGCGGAUCUUCGAGCGCGGCUACAAACUCUUUCCUCUCGACGAGGUCUUCACGCUCGAGUACAUCAAGCACCUCUUUGCCAAUAACGACGCCGUCAACGCCAACGCCACCUUCAACACCUUCCUGUCGAAGGUCAAGAACUCGGAUAAAUUCUCGCUCGAGCAGCGGCGCGCCAAGUGCCGCCCCAUCCUGGAAUCCAUGCACGAGUACCAGAGCAAUUUCGGCGAUUGGAACCAAAUCCACCGGAUCGAGAGGGAGAUGGCAGAGUUGUAUCCGGAAGAGUCUGACGUCGCCCGCUUCGGCGCCAGGAAUGCCCUGCCGAAUUUUGAUGCCAUGCGCCUGCAGCUGCUCAUUUCCCCGUCUCAGGCGCUGCCCAAGCCGACCGCCGAUAUGGGAGGGACAGCCGUCACGACCCAACACCCAUACCCGAGCAUCGAAUACCCCCGCAGUCCCCCCGAAGGCAUCAGCAACAACAUCAUCCGCCUCGGCCCGAACGGACCGUACGUCGCAAGCCCCAAGCGCGCACUGGAAGACGUCUCGGACAGCGAAGCACCGCAGCGCAAAUUCCAGCGCGGCGAGUCGCCUUUCAAAGCAGGCCAUCACAGCAACAACAGCGGAGGAGGUGGUAGCGGGGGAGCGGGUUUUAUGACGAAAACAUACGUCCCUCCACACCAGCAGGCGUCUUUCCCUCCGCUUGGUCCGGCGCCGCUGCCGAGCCAGUUGCAUUACUUGCUCAGCGUGUUGCCGAGUGCGGCGCAUUAUCAUGCUACGCCUUUCGAUCCGCACAAGAUGGUGGAGUUUUUGCGGGGGGUGAAUUUGGGGCGGGCGAGGAUCUAGUGGAUCUGAGACUGGCUCCGGCGACCUGACUCCGAAGACUCGUUAGUGUGGUGGCUGACCGAGGUGUUUGUCGAAUGUUGCAUAGCGUUGGCGCUGCUCGCGUUAGGAGAGCGGGAGUGCGAAAAUUGCUAGAGAUUAGUUCGAGCAAUGGAAAAGAUUUACAUGAA